CUUCUCAAAUCUCAAUCUCGCUCAGUCGCUCGCUCUCAUUCUCACGAUUCUCUCACAAUUGGUCGUCCACGCCUCCACGGUCCAUCUCCGGCGACGUCCUCCAGCUUUCCUCUAGCGCUCAGCUCGCGGUUUUCCGCCCGAAAGUGAAUGAGAUCUCGCUCCUCACAGUCAACACUCAACAUCUCCAGCUUCUUCCUGAAUGGAAUCCGCAGCUUCUCAUUCGCAUCCACUGCUACUUACUUCUGAACCAUCAAAGCAACAAAGCGCUUCAACAAAUGAUGAGGGUACUAGUAGAAAACGAUCAGCAGCAGAAGAUUCCUCAGAAAAACCUCCUUUAGCUCCUACAAAGAGAGGUAGAAGUCAAUAUUGGAAGCACUUCGAAAAAACAAUGAAGAAAACGAGUCAAGGAGAAAGAAAAAUAGGGAUAUGCAACUACUGCAAAUCUGAAGUACCAACUCUUACUGGGAGUACUACUGGACUGAAGUAUCACUUGGAGAAGAAGUGUGAAUUAAGUCCAUUUUAUGCUGCGAGUGGAAAUAACAAGGGCCAAACUGUGUUGACAAAAGAGACUAUGGGAAAAGGAAGUCAGAUAGUGCCUCAUUCUUUUAAUCAAAAAAGGUGUGAGUUGAAGGUCACGGAAUAUGUUAUUACAGAUGAAGUUUCAUUUCGGGCUGUUGAGGGAAAAGGAUUCGUUGCGCUUGUCCAUGAAUUAGAACCAAGGUUUCGAAUUCCCGACCGAAAGAAGGUAGCAGAUCCGAUUAUGUCAGAGGUUGCAAAAGCAAUGAAGGUGAAAUUUGACAAGUACUGGGGUGAUUGGAAUAAAAUGAAUCCAGUAAUUUUUAUUGCCAAUGUUUUGGACCCGAGGAACAAGCUGAAAAUGCUUCAAGUUAGUGUGAAGAAAUUGAAGAGAUUUGGAGAUUCUAACCAAGAGGUUCGAGAGUUGUGUGACCGAUUUAAAAAUGACUUGGUGACUUUGUGGGCUGAGUAUAAGGGAGUGAGUGAUACAUUAGUUACUCAGAAACCACUUCUAGAAAAUAGUGGUGAUAGAGAUGAUACUGGUCUAGGUGGUUCUGGUCUUUUUGAUGAAUUGUAUAAUGGAGUUCAAGAAGAAGUUUCUCAAGACCAACUAAAUCAAAUAUCUAAUGAAGUGGAUAAGUACUUAGCCGAUGAGAUGGAGAAGCGAUCUAAUCCAUGUUUUGAUCUUUUAGAAUGGUGGAAAGGAAGUGGAACAAGGUAUCCAAUCCUUUCGCUCAUUGCAAAAGAUAUCUUUGCAAUUCCAAGCUCAACCGUAGCUAGUGAAUCCGCUUUUAGCUUGGGCAAAAGAGUUGUAGAUCAUUUUAGGACUAGUUUGAGUCCAAAAAUGGUUGAGGCAUUGGUGUGCACCAAUGAUUGGCUCAAAGCGGAUGAUUUUAGCUUAUACAAGGAUCCGACCGAUGAUGACCUUGCUUUUUAUCAAGAAAUUGAAGAAAUUGAAAAAAGCUCAAGUCACUCAACCAUUACUCAAGAGACUCGAGAUGGUUCUCCAAAUGUAUCUUCUACUAGUUGAUCCACCAAAUGAUGAGGUUAAUAUUUUUAGAUGAUUUCGACAAGAUGAAGGGUUUGGUGUUCAAGAAUCAAGAUCAAGACAACUACUAGUUUUUGCUAAUUAUUGUGAUGGAGUUUGUUCAAACUUUAUGGUGUGUUUUUUUGUACUUGGUUGUGUAGUAUUUCGAUUAUGGAGAUAAGAACACUAUU